AUGCGGCCCACUCGGACUGUCUUUCGGCUGCGCCUGGUCUUGCCCCUGUGCCUGGCCCUCGUUUGCCCCCUCUCUGUGGAGUUGGCCUCGGCCCGGGCCCCCGUCUAUGUCAGCAGCUGGGCCGUGCGGGUGUCACAGGGUUACCGGGAAGCCGAGCGCCUGGCGCGCAAAUUCGGCUUCGUCAACUUGGGGCAGAUCUUCCCUGACGGGCAGUACUUCCACCUGCGGCACCGCGGCGUCGUCCAGCAGUCCCUGACCCCGCAUUGGGGCCACCGCCUUCGUCUGAAGAAAGACCCGAAGGUACAGUGGUUUGAGCAGCAGACUCUGCAGUGGAGGGUGAAGCGCUCAUUGGUGGUGCCUGUGGACCCUUGGUUCUCCAAGCAGUGGUACAUGAACAACGAAGUACAGCCAGACCUAAACAUUCUGCAAGUCUGGAGCCAGGGGCUGUCAGGCCAGGGUAUCGUGGUCUCUGUCCUGGAUGAUGGCAUUGAGAAGGACCACCCAGACCUCUGGGCCAACUAUGACCCAUUGGCUAGCUACGACUUCAAUGACUAUGACCCAGACCCCCAGCCACGAUACACACCCAGUGACGAGAACCGGCACGGGACCCGCUGUGCUGGGGAAGUGGCAGCCAUAGCUAACAACAGAUUCUGCGGUACAGGUGUCGCCUACAAUGCCCGAAUAGGAGGCGUGCGCAUGCUGGAUGGAACCAUCACUGAUGUCAUCGAGGCCCAGUCACUGAGCCUGCAGCCGCAGCACAUCCACAUCUACAGUGCCAGCUGGGGCCCCGAGGAUGACGGCCGAACGGUGGACGGUCCUGGUAUCCUUACCCGAGAGGCUUUCAGGCGCGGCGUGACCAAGGGCCGAGGUGGGCUAGGCACACUCUUCAUCUGGGCAUCUGGCAAUGGUGGCCUGCACUAUGACAACUGCAACUGCGACGGCUACACCAACAGCAUCCACACACUAUCCGUUGGCAGCACCACCCAGCAAGGUCAUGUGCCCUGGUACAGUGAGGCCUGUGCCUCCACCCUCACCACCACCUACAGCAGUGGCAUUGUUACUGACCCCCAGAUUGUCACCACGGACCUGCACCACCAGUGCACCGACAAGCACACAGGCACUUCGGCCUCUGCUCCACUAGCUGCAGGCAUAAUCGCUCUGGCUCUGGAGGCCAACCCAUUCUUGACAUGGAGGGACAUGCAGCACUUGGUGGUUCGUGCAUCCAGGCAGGCACAUCUCCAGGCUGAGGAUUGGAGGGCCAAUGGUGUGGGGCGCCAAGUGAGCCACCACUAUGGCUACGGGCUGCUGGAUGCUGGGCUGCUGGUGGACUUGGCUCGAGCAUGGCUGCCCACACAGCCCCAGAAGAAAUGCACCAUUAAGGUCUUGCACACCCCCACCCCCAUCCUGCCGCUGACACAUGUGAGGAAGAAAGUGUUGGCUUGUGCUGGUCAUGCCAACUACAUCCGCUCACUGGAGCAUGUACAGGUGCAGCUGUCACUGUCCUACAGCCGCCGGGGGGACCUGGAGAUCUCACUCACCAGCCCCAUGGGCACCCGGUCCACACUGGUUGCCAUCAGACCCUUUGACAUCAGUGGCCAAGGCUACAACAACUGGAUCUUUAUGUCCACCCACUUCUGGGAUGAGGACCCCCAGGGCUUGUGGACCCUGAGCCUGGAAAACAAGGGCUACUAUUUCAACACCGGGACACUGUACCGCUACACGCUGCUGCUCUAUGGGACGGCUGAGGACAUGACAGCACGGCCUACAGGCUCCCAGGUGACCAGCAGCGCAUGUGUGAAGUGGGACACAGAGGGGCUGUGCCAGGAAUGCCACAGCCCCACCUCCAUCCUGGGCCACCUCUACCUCUCCCACUGCCCAUCACAGUACUCCAGUCACACCCAGCAGGCAAUAACUGCUGGGUCUGGCUGCCUGGCCACACCCGCCCUGCAUGUGUGCUCCAGCUGCCACUUCUGCUACACCUACAGCAGCUCCCCACUCAGCCGAACCACCUGCUGCCUGCCAAAUAUACUGGAUGGGCAUGGGUGCUCCUGCCCAGGGCCCACCCCCCGCAAAGGCCAUCCCCAGCCCACCAGGACUAUCUGCCCCUGCUAUGGAGACCACAGACUGGCCUAGGCCAUGGUGCUGACCCUGCUGGCCAUAGCCUUCUGGAGCCCCCUCCUCUGUAGCGUCCUCUCCACAGGCUGCCCACUCCCCUGUGUGCCCCCCUCACCGCCAAUGCUGGAGGCCACCCCUGUUCCCACCCAGUCCCAACUACUGGCUGGACACCAGAGACAUCCAGCAAGGAGAGCUGAUGGACACUUUGGCUUAGGCCUUUAG